AUGAAGUGGGCGGAGCAGGUGAGGGGGAAUGUUGGGAAACUUCAGAGUUUCGGCACCGACCUCUCCUCCCGCGCCCUCCCCACCUUCACAAACUUACUCCAACACAUCGCCCCUCCCAUCUCCGCCCACGAACGCCUCCAAAUCCACACCACCCACGACAUCCAAAACUACCCCUCCCUCGACCCCUUGAUCUACUCCACCUUCUCCCGCAUCAUGUCGCAAGUCGAAGGCGGCGACCUCAUGGUCAUCCAGCGGGGGACAGAAAACAAAACCCGCUCUCGCACUGCAACCAGCGAACCGCAUGGUUAUCGCGGCGGGGUCCUGGGUUCCUCGGGACCGAGCGGGUGGACCGAUGGGCCGUGGUGGCGGGAAGAGCAUGUGCGACGGGAUCUGGGUGUGGUGGAGGGAUUGAAAGAGGGGAGUCGAUUGGCGCGGGUGAGCGCGGAGGCGUACGCGAGGGAGUUUUUCGAUCGGAGGGGUGGGGUGGAGGGGGCGGCCAAGACGGCGGCGGAGAGUUUGACGGAGAUGAAUCCGACGAGGUCGAGUGAUAUUUUUCUUGCCAUUCAGGCGGUGGGGUAUGCGAGGGAUGGGGGGAUGUUUGCUGGUGGGCCUGCGGGAGAGGAGCGGAAGAGGGAGAAAGGUCCUCCUAGUGCUGAAGGUGAUGAGGAAGAAGAAGAAGAAGAGGAAGUGGUCACUUUCGCCAUCUACCUCCACGACCCCGUCCACACCCUCUCCUUCUCCACCCUCAGCCAGCCCUUCCCAGCCAAAUGGGCCCGCUGGCUCGACGCCUCCAACACCUCCUUCACAUCCAAUACUCCCUCCACAUCCUCAGACGCCGAUGGACUACCAGACUCCAUCCGCGAGAUUAUCGCGGCAGGUGGUCUAGACCCUCGGGAAUGGGUCGCCGAAUGGAUCGAGGAGGUCCUGAGUUUGGGCGUGGGAGUCGUGGCGCAGCAGUAUGUUGCGAGACGGAUGGGGGUUGGAGAGGGUGGGUUGGGGAGGGGAAGAAGGGUCGCUGAUGCUGAGGAGGUGGGGGCUGGGGAGGCUGCGAGGGUGAUUUGA